UCAAUCUUGUAUAAGAUGAAAUCGACGGCAGCUGUAGGAUCUAGCCUGAGAGUUAUAUCAGCUGGCAACAGACCAGUAAACGUCAAUGAGCGAUGACGUAUUAUAAUUAUUAUCUGAGUCUCCUUUCUUUAUUUAUUGUUCUCAACCUAAGACUUCAAUCAAAAUGGUUGCAAGAAGCUUAUGAACCAAGUGAGGCUUUUUUUUAAAAAAAAAUUUGAACUGCAUCGCGAUAGUAAUCUUUUGAAUAUCAAUCUUUAGGCUUCAUCAACUCUUCUUACAUCUGCAUAACCUGUAAAACAUGCCCCAUCACAAGCGCACAGACCUCCUCAACGCUGCCACGGCGUUCUGCGAAAGCUUCGCGCAGAAAAAGCCACCGGACGAGAUCCUAAGCCACUUCUCGACCUCCUCCUCCGAUAUUUCGGCGUACGAGCACGGCCUCGAGGAGCUCGCCCCUUUUCUCGGCCGCGAGUUCCGGGGACGCGACGGCGUCCGGGAAUACUUCGACACCGUCUCCUCGUGCCUAAGCUACGAGGACAUGCGCUUUGCGGAGUAUAUCGUCGACGCCGCCGAGAACCGCGUCGCUGUUCGCGGCGCCGCGAGGUUUACGUGGACGGCGACGCGCGACAGCUGGGAUGAGGUCUUCGCUUAUGCGCUGAAGUUCGACGAUCGGCAUAAGGUUGUGCGCUACGAGGUCUGGGCCGACUCUGGCGCUGCGUAUCUUGCGAGCAAGGGCCAGCUGAAGGAGUUAAAGAGCGAUUCCAAGUAAUUCGCUAUCUACCUAACCUAGGUAAUAUUUAAUAUAAGGGCGAUACAUGCCUGUCUUAUUCUAAAGAACGUCCCAUAGGUUAUAUCAAUCAUCAUCUGCGGCAUAUAUGUUAUAACCUGCUUUUAUCGCUUGCUUGGCGAACUUUCGAUCACUAACACGCUAAUCGCUACAGUACCGUGUAGACUUCCGGAAUGUCGCCCCUCCCGCCCCCUUUCUAUUUUGAGGAUCCGAGAAUUUUAUCGGGACGUCAACAUACCCGGCUCAGACGCCCUUUAGUGGAUGCCACAUUUGUUAGGAAGCCUAACAAAAAAUCCAUAUAAUCAUUUCUCCUUUUUCAUGUUCAGAUCUGCUAGACGGGACGUCUACUGAUCAAGUCGAGUUGAGACCGACUACUUAUUGGGAUGGAAAUUCCCACUUCCCACUUCCUUCUUAA